AUGGGUUUUAAGUUUCAUCAAAGUUCUUGUUUUUCUCUUCUUCUUCUCGUUAAUAUUCUUCUUGUAUGUGUUGAUGGAGAAGUUAACAAGAGUAGUUGUGAUGUAUUUAAAGGGAGUUGGGUCAUCGAACAAUCAUAUCCGCUCUACAAUGCAUCUUUCUGCCCUUUUGUUGGUAAAGAGUUCGACUGUGUAAAAAAUGGACGCCCUGAUCAACUUUAUCUGAAGUAUCGAUGGCAACCCCAUGAUUGCUCCUUAUCAAGAUUUGAUGGUAAAAUCUUUUUGGAGAAAAUGAAGGGAAAAACGAUAAUGUUUGUGGGAGACUCGUUGAGCAAAAACCAUUGGUUGUCCUUAUUAUGUAUGCUUCAUUCAUCAGUACCUUCUGCACGUUAUUCCGUAAAGUUAUCCAUGGUCGAUGAGAUGACCACUUACACCUUUAUGGAUUAUGAUGUGAAAGUGAUGUAUCAUCAUAGCUUAUACUUGGUAGAUAUCGUUGAAGAAAAAAUUGGAAGAGUGUUGAAAUUGGAUUCAAUUACAAGUGGCAAGCUCUGGUUGGAUGUGGAUUAUCUUGUCUUCAACACAUGGCAUUGGUGGACCCGUAGAGGUCCCACCCAACCAUUUGAUUUUAUACAAGACGGGAAUAACAUAACUAAAGAUAUGGAUCGUGUUGUUGCUUUUGGGAAGGCUAUUGAUACAUGGGGUCGAUGGGUCGAUAACAACAUUGAUCCGGUUAAAUCGAAGGUUUUCUUUCAAGGGAUUUCACCUACUCAUUACAAUGGGGCAAGCUGGGGAGAACCAAAAGCUCAAGCCUGUUUGGGACAAAAAGAACCGGUUCCUGGCGAAAAGUACCCUGGAGCACUUCCAAUGGCAUUGGAGGUUCUUGAAACGGAGCUUAAAACAAUCAAGAAACCGGUGACAUUGUUGGACAUAACAAAUCUAUCGUUGCUGCGAAAAGAUGGGCACCCGUCAAAAUAUGGGCUUCCCCACAAAACCGGGAUGGACUGCAGCCAUUGGUGUCUCGCUGGAGUUCCUGAUACUUGGAAUGUUUUGCUCUACAACUUUAUGUUCUAGAAAGUAGCUAUAGAUUUGAUUAUGAUUUUUUAUAUAUAACAUA